AUGACUAUCCAAGCUGCCGGUGGAGCCAUAUCUGCUGUUACAAGUGUCACGUUCUGGGGAGGUCCAGAGGGAGUUGUGGCCGGGUUUGACACAUCUUUUGAUGACUACACCGAAGAGGCAGUAACGGCUGCUUCUGAGGAAUGUGACUGUUGCUUGAACACUACCACAGCACAGGAACCCGGAGCAGUAGAUGCUUGCAACUGUAGCUGUUCAACGUCGGUCUCCACGCCGACAGAAUCUGUCGAUAAUGCCGGCCGAACAGCUACCGAUGGCCCUGCUUUAGACAUGUUUUGGGAGUUCGAAAACCAACCAAUUCCUGGUGAUACGUACAACGGAUCAGAGAUGGACUGGGGAAAAGACCACCCAUCCUUCGGACUACAGUUACAGAAAGGGCGGACAGGAGAUGGCGCGGAGAAGCAUUAUGCAGUGAUGUGGCUACAGCCAGCCGUUGCCGGACAUGAAGCUCAACAGGAAGUGUUUGAAUUAAACUUUGACCCGUCCGAGGCAUUCCACGUGUACACAUUGGACUUCAAAGUUGACCGAACCGACCAAAAGAACGAAGUCUGGUCUGUUGAUCUCAUCAUUGACGGUGUAGCAGUCCUAGCUUUAUCAGGGUUACCUUCACUUCCGACCGAUGCUGUUGUCACGCUCAGCGUCUGGAAUUUUGAUGACUAUGUUCCAGAUGUAGAGGACCCCUUUAAUCUACCGACAGCAACAGCAAACUUUAAGGAUGUAAGCUUUCCAGCGAGCUCAGACCAACUCUGCCGGUACGGUGAACCAUUUCGCAAUGGAGACAGUGCCAUUCUGUCAUUCAUGGCUGGAGUGGGGACAGAGCUACAUCAGGAUGAUGUUGUACCUUUUACGAUGGUCCCACAUCAUUCUUGUAUUCCGUGUUUGACGACUUGUGACAGCUUUUACUGUUCCACUGACUGUGAUGGCUCCGGGGUCACGGAAUACCACGUACUGUUGGACAACUUGGUUCUUGAUGUAAACAGAACAGUCGAAGAUGGUAGCGACAACGUCACGGUCCCUGCUAAAUACUAUUUGACAAUAAAAGCCAAAACAGCGUCGGGAAGACAAGUCGUCGCUUCCUCCGAUGGCGUUUACAUAGAUGUGACACCACCGACGUUUGAAUCUCUCUUCCACGUGGACAAGUCAUGGUCAAUUAGCGAGCCAACUGAAUUCCAAGGAUCGAAUUCGUCCAUCGCUGUUCGAUGGAGAGCUAUCGACAUGGAAAGCAAGAUUACGGAAUACCGCUGGGCUAUUGGUACUACAAAGGGUAGGACUAAUGUUCGAGAUUUUGAAACCAUCAUCCCAACAGACGAGAAAGAUGUUGUAGCUGUAGCAGAAGACCUGGAUGGCCUUCUUGAGGAUGGAAGUGUCUACUAUGUUACUGUUGUUGCUAUCAACCUAGCCGGACUUGAGGAGACUGUAUACACCAAUGGAGUAACCAUUUUGACGACUGAACCGAACACUACGAGUGCGAACGUCUCCGUCCCAGGCACCGUGCCGAUUGCUCAAAGUGUGGUGUCGUCCGAGGAUCAGACCAGUCUCAGUUUCAUUUGGACAGCUGUAGAGGACGCUGGUAUAGAUGCAUACUAUUUCAGUAUUGGUAGCUCAAGAAGCACGCCAGACGACAUCGUUCCCCGUACUCAAGUUGGAGUUAACGGAUCCGGAUUCGUUUCCAUUCAUGACGGCAUUGUUGAGUUCGAGGGGUUCAACGGUGACAUCUCCGAUAUGAGAGAAAGGACUAUUAAUGAUGUCAACACAACAUUUACAAACAACUUCUUGAUUGAGCCUGGAAGAAACCUGUUUGUACAUAUGGAUGCAUGUAAUGCAGGUCAUAAGUGUGGCGGGAUUCACACACCGAUCGUUGUGGUAAAACGUGAGCACGAUGUUAUUGAAGAAUCAACAAGUGGAGAGGACAUUACCUUGAAAUGCAUAGAGCAUCCGUUUGAUGGGGCCAAUGGUGCUGUUGUCGUGAAAACCACUGGUGGUCUAAACGUCGGAGAAAAGAUUAUGUGCAGUCCAUUGUCCCAGCAGGAUGUCGUACAGGAAUAUACAUCAGAUGCGUCAGCUAGAUUCAAGCCCAUCGUUGUCAACCCUUACCAAACAGCGGAGUUUACAGAUAGAAAUCUGCGACAUAGGAUUCGUCGGUUCACAGACCACAGCUUCGUCCUAAGCCCUAUCGCCGGUUUUGAAUUAAGAGGUCCCCUCAACAUGACAGUGUCAUUGAAAAAUGUCACAGCAGCAGCUUCUGUGCUUCCUAGGCUGCUCUUUUGGAAUGCAGAAUCAGAGAUGUGGCAGGAUGCCGGACGUACAUGUCAACCCUCCAUCCAGGCAUACAUGUACAAGAACGCAUCGGAGUUCAGCGUUCUGGUUUGCAACACAAGCAACGUGUAUGGAAAAUCUAACUCCGUAACUGGUGCCAAAAGAUCGCUCCAGAGGGAAGAAUUCUUUGGAAAAGAAACAUUCUUCCUUGUUGCUCUUGUAGAGAUGUCUUUUCAAAACAGUGCACCGCGUCUCGCCACGCCAACAUAUUUGUGGACCGUCGAGGAUCGCGAAAUAGUAGUUUACCUACAAGCGAUAGACGACGACGAUGAUGACGUAACUUUCAGUGUAGAUAGGUCUACUGAGACGUUGUUCGCAGGAGACGUUGACAUUGACCGAAGUGGGAAACUCCAUUACAAGCCGUGCAAAGACUGUUUUGGCCAGGACUAUGUAACUGUUGUUGUGUCCGAAAUCAGGAACGAUGGUGAAACGCCGCUUGUCACAAGAGAGACAAUCUGCAUUGAUGUCCUGGCCCUUGAAGACAAUCCUGAUGUCUUUGCAGUUAAGAACGGAGCGAAGCAAAACAGCUCGAGUUAUUCCAUCACAGUUACACUGGAAGAGAACAAAGUGCUAUCAGUAGAUCCAUCAAAGUAUGAUAUCCUGGUCUUCGGAGCUGACGUAGACACGUAUGAUGUCUUGUCCCUAGUUUUCCACAACCCAAGCAAUGGCACUUUGUUGAUUUCAAAGAUGUUGCGAAACAUCACCUUCUUCCACGACAGCACCAACGACUAUGCCACUUUGGUGGAUGGGGUUAAGUUUGCUAAUGAGUCGGUGGAGGCAGUGUCUAUCCCCUAUCCACAGGAUCUCCUGAUGCCUCACCGACCAGAGCAGUACUCCUGGGUAGCUAUAGGCUUCACCUACAUUCCGGACAUGGACUUCUACGGACAUGAUCAGGUUCGUGUAUAUGCUCAUGACCAGGGUGGCAAAAGCUCCGACGUACUUACCUUCGACCUCUUCGUCCUUGAGAACCGCUGUAUGAAUGGCGGAUUCUGCACGGGCCCCGGCCACGAUCCCAACUGCACAAGAAUACAACGGAGCGUUUCCUUCACUGGUUACGAAUGCGAAUGCCUAGAAGGUUACUACGGAAGGUACUGUGAGAGCGACUUCGACGAAUGCUCCUCCAACCCAUGUCCUCAGAACUACACGUGUAUCGACCUUCCCAACGACUUCCUCUGCGAUUGUGGCUCCUCAGCCUGGCCAUGUGCGUCCCAGUCCCUACCGCCAUGGCAGAUCGCCCUCAUCACCAUCCUUUGUCUCGGGGUCACCAUCAUUGUCAUUGCUUGGGUCAAGUGUAAAGCAUCGAAGAAAUCCAAAAAUAAGAUUGAACCACAUUCUAUGUCUGAAGAGGACAUCGAGCUUCAUAAGAUUCCCAACGAACGCCCAAGUGCCCUAACUGAACUCAAGCGUAACCCAUGGGUUCGACCUGAACUUCCGACCGAGGCACCCAAAGCACCGGCUACUUCUUUGAAUCCGUUGAAGGAAACUGGCGUCAAUAAGACCAAGCUGACAUCCAGCCGCAGCAGCCGUGCACGUCGCCUGCCUCCCAUCCCCUGAGGAUUCGCUCGUCAACUUAACAUAACUCUAACACU